AUGAAAACCCUCUACAAUGUAUUGAAAAAAUCAAACCUAACAUUUGGCGAGGAGGUCCGGCCGGUCUAUGAGAUUAUUCAGAGAAACGAAAGCCUGCAGAAGAUAGUGGUGGAAGAGGUGGGGAGCGGGCUGGAAAUCUUUGAUGCUAAGCUAGGUGGGGGGAGUACUCACGUGUGCGAGGAAGAUGGAAACACCCCCCAAGACCAUAUCAUCUGCGAAAUGAAGACCGGUUCUGGGAAAUCCCUCAGUCUGUUGACACCACUGGUUUAUUGGUUGCUCAAACACAAAUUUGAUUUCUUCCUCUUGAUGGAAGACACACAUCUGCGAAAGGAGGAACCCGAUUGGGUGAAAGAAUCCGUGACGGAGAACCUCCUGCGGAAGUUCACGCGAGCCCAAAGAGUGCAGAAAAAGAGGAAGGAAGCAGACUUGACCAUCCUGAACCGCUACUUUUCCAUCUCUGAUGACAAAGUAACGUUGAAGGAAAAUUUAAGAGUGGAAAAAAAGAAGUCCCAAGUGGAGACGCACAAACCAGGGGAGGACCGCUUCGACACACACGGGGAGGAGGAGACUCUGAGCGAUUGCUCUGUGGAGGGCCCGUCCAAGAAACAGAUCUUCAUUUGCAGUCGAACGCAGUCACAACUGAAUCAGUAUUUCUCAGAGCUGAAAAAGAUUGAGCAGACAGUGGGGAGGGACCUACCCAUCAAUAUGGUCAUCCUGGGUAGUAGGAAGCAUCUCUGCGUGAAUGAGCCCUUCUUGCAGAAACACAAAAGUGUGAACGAGCUUAACGACUGCUGUCGGAACAGCGAUUGCAAGUACAAGAAAAUAUUCAAGGAUAACAUGCUGAAGAGGAGGCAAAGGAAGGAAAAGAAAAAAAACAAAAUCUUUUACGACUCGUCGUCAUCGAGUGGAAGUACCAGUGACAGCAGUGGCAGAGCGGGCGAUGCGAGUCAUGAGAAUCCAGUCAUGGACAACUACAGCCUAGUGUCAAAACUGAUAAACUGCAAAAAUUUAAGAAUCAACCAGGUGAAGGAUAUAUGCAUGAUGGAUCAGAUAGAGGUGUGUCCUUACUACCUGAGCAGGGAAAACGUAAAAAACGCAGACAUAAUCCUCCUACCGUAUGUGUGCAUUCUGAAUGAACAUGUGAGGAGGGGCUUAAAAAUCUCCAUUAAAAACAACAUAGUCAUCUUUGACGAGGCACAGAACAUCAUCGAUAGCAUCAAUGACUCCAAUUCGGCAGCCAUAGCUUAUGGUGACAUCCUUUUUUGCAAAUUCAUCUUGGAAGAGUAUGCUAAGAAAUACCAACAGGUCUUAACAAAUAGCAACUUGGUUUCGAUUAAGCAGGUCGUCAUAUACUGCGAUCUGCUUCUGUCCUCCUUCAGAGACGUUAAAGAGAGCCUCGUAAAAGUCACCAACUAUAUUUUGACAUCUAAGUUAGAUGCACUGAACCUGAAUCAUAUUUCCAAUGUUCUUAGUAACUCCACCUUUUGCAGACGAAUUAAAAUCUUUGCAGAAUCCUACCUGAGAAAGAGCUUCCCUCAGUAUGCUAACACCGCCUCCCGAAGUGUCAACACGUCGUCCAUUUAUCUGCUCAGCGAUUACACCAAUAAAAUGAUGCGGUCUAAUCGGUACGACUAUGUGUUCCUAAACAGGGGAGGCAAAACCAGGGAGGAGGAAACGCCUAGCGGAGUAGCUCCAAAGGGGGGAUCGAAUAAACGGAGUGUUUUUUCCCUCGAAGAGGGGGCGACACACAUGGAAAAAAGAAUCAAACGAGUGAGGAACGGGGACUCUGGGAAGAUCCAGCAAAAUAUACCGGAUGAAACUCACAAGAGUGAUGAUUCGAAAACGUGUCCGGAUGGCCACGCCGAUGAGAUGAUGACCACCCUGAUAGAAGACCUAAUCACGCGCAGGAACCCCGGAAUGAUACAAAGAAUCGAAAUCGUCAGUGUGAGCUCGUGUACCAACUUUGAGAAAAUCACCAACGACUGCAGCAACGUCAUUCUAAUCGGAGGAACUCUGCAGCCGAUCGAAGAGUUCCUCCUACUCUUCAUGAGUCGAAAAGAGAAAGAAAAAUCUGUUAAGCUGUUUUUAUCAGAUUACAUUUUCAAGAAGAGUAACGUGUUCUGUAGAAUCGUCAGUACGAAUCUAGUGACCUACGAACCUAUAGACAACACUUUCAAAAUGAGACAUAAGAAGACACACCUCCUCAACUUAGCCAUUCAGAUUCACCUCCUCACAUUAUAUGUUCGCUUCGGAAACAUUGUCUUCUUCUCGUCGUACAAAUUCUUACGAGAGUUCUUCACCUUCCUACAAAAUGAAGGGCACUACGUCUUAACCGAAAUGAAGAAAAAAAAAAAAGUCUUCUUCGAGGAGAAAAAUGGACACAGCGACGUCCUUAGGGAAUAUAUGCAAAGUGUCCAACGGAUACGAGAUCAGGAGGAGGAAGGUGCUUGUUUAAAAAACGGUUGCGUCCUUUUCUGUGUAAUGAAUGCAAAACUCAGUGAAGGGAUUAACUUUUACGACGACUUCUGUCGCAACGUUUUGCUUGUGGGCAUUCCCUUCUUCAAACACGAGAAGGGGGGCUCUUCCUCCACUGGGGAUCUUCCCCUGGAUAGGAACUCCCUUCGUUUGGAUUACUACCGGGCCUUCUCCGCGGACGUGGCACGAGGGGAUGGAGGCUCAGCCCUCCCCUCGUCGCAGUUGGAACACCAAAUAGGCGACAUGUGCAGGACGUAUGAGCUCAAGUUUGCCAUGAAGAUAGUAAACCAGUGCAUAGGAAGAAGCCUUCGCCACGUGGACGACUAUUCCUCCUUCUUUUUCCUGGACUAUCGAUUCGCCAACAAAGAGUUUUUGGACCUCUUUCCCUCGUUCAUCGGAGCCCACUUGGCUGCUACGAAGGUUGAUUCCUCUCUGCAGCACCAAAAGGGAGGCAUCUUCUUGGAGGAGAAAACAAAACUGACAGAUGUUUUCGAAGAUUUGAAGCGUCACUACAGCAGGGCCUUUCCCGAUAUCCCCUUCGCGGAGCACAACGAGGGCCAUUGGGGCAACUUCGCGCGGGACGUUUUCCUUCUGCGCGAGUUUCACGCGGGGAGGUCAGCCGAUCGGUUAACGCUGGGUUAG